GAGCUGAAUGCGUCCCGGCCUGUGACCCUAAAAGUGGAUUCUGUGAGGAUGACAGCAUGUGCAGGUGUCAGCCUGGCUGGCAGGGCCCCCGGUGUGAGCAGUGUGCGACCCCUCCCGGCUGUGUUCACGGGCACUGCGAAGAGCCCUGGGAGUGCAUCUGCGAGGACGGCUGGGACGGCAAACUCUGCGACAUAGAUAUCCGGGCUUGCACCUCGACCCCCUGCGGCAACAAUAGCACCUGCAUGGACCUCGGCAACGGGCAGUACGAGUGUGCCUGCGUGCCUGGGUACUCGGGGAAGGACUGCCAGAGGAAGGACGGGCCCUGCGCGAUCAAUGGUUCCCCCUGCCAGCACGGAGGCACCUGCGUGGACGAUGAGGGCCGGGCCUCCCAUGCCUCCUGCCUGUGCCCCCCUGGCUUCUCAGGCAGUUUCUGCGAGAUCAUGACCAACAGCUGCAACCCGAACCCGUGCGAGAACGACGGCGUGUGCACCGACAUCGGGGGCGACUUCCGCUGCCGCUGCCCAGCCGGUUUCAUCGACAAGACCUGCAGCCGCCCGGUGACCAGCUGCACCAGCAGCCCGUGCCUGAACGGGGGCACCUGCCUGCAGCACGGCCAGGUGAGCCACGAGUGUCUGUGCAAGCCCCCGUUCACGGGCCCCACCUGCGUGAAGAAGCGGGUGGCGGGCGCCCCGCAGGUCGCCCACGUGCCCAACGGCUACGGCCUGCCCUACCGCCUGACCCCUGGGGUGCACGAGCUGCCCCUGCCCAGGCCCGAGCACCGCGUCCUGAAGGUGUCCAUGAAGCAGCUCAACAAGAGUACCCCUCUCCUCACCGAGGGCCAGGCCGUGUGCUUCACCAUCCUGGGUGUCCUCACCGGCCUGGUGGUGCUGGGCACCGUGGCCAUCGUCUUCAUCAACAAAUGCGAGACCUGGGUGUCCAACCUGCGCUACAACAGCAUGCUACGCAAGAAGAAGAACCUGCUGCUGCAGCAGCGCGGCGGCGAGGAUGUGGCGGUGAACAUCAUCUUCCCGGAGAAGAUCGACAUGACCACCUUCGGCAAGGAGGCGGUCAUCGAGGAGAUCUAAGCGCCGUCCGCCCGGGCCCCCCUCUAACCUCGGGGUUCCGCAGAGCUCACUAUAUGCGGUCUGUGCUUCUCUUUGUGGUGGAAUUUGCUCUCUUUUGUGCUGAGUCUGGUGCACGCUACGCUUACCUAUAUUGUCUUUGUGUUGCCCUGUGACAAGCACAAUACCGAACAAGCCCUCCUUAUUCUCUCUUAAUGCAUGAUAACAAAUAAUAAGAAUAAUAAGAAUAAUAAGAAUUUCAUUUA